AUGACUACUGCUUCCGCUACAGCAUCGAGCUCGCGCUCAUUGGUGCCCCAAGACCUUCUCUCUGUACACGCAUCCUUCCAACGCUACAGUCAAGAUGUCAUCAACCAUCAGAUCCCGCGUCUGCAAACAUGCACCAGCGCCUCCCUACUCACCGACUAUGAAUCCGAAAUCAUCUCCUCCAUCGACGGCCUGAAGCGUCAAGUAAACGAUCUCAAGUUCGCCGUAGACGAAGCUGAGUCCGACGCCGAACGUCGCGAGAUCUCACACCUUGCUGCAUCUGCAAGUCAACAGCUGGAGGGGAUCAGACAAUCGACACGCAAAGCUCUGCUGUCAGCUCGACGUUCCAUCGAGACUGCACGCACAGCAGAAGCCCGUGCCGGUCUACAGCUCGCUGCCGACAGUGCAAAAGAACGAACGGGCGGUCGAGCAGGCUCGUCGGGAGAAGACAAGAUGAUGACCGCCUCUCAGGAUGUCACCGAUGCACUUCGUCGUACCGUGUCUCUCAUGUCCUCGGAACUGGAGAAGUCGGCAAUGUCUUCGCAGCUGCUGGAAGAGUCAUCACAGACCAUCUCGAGUCUGUCGUUCCAAUACGGCUCGUUGACGACGUUGAUGACAAAUUCGGCGAGAAUGAUCAAGACCAUGGAGAGAGAAGAUCUGAUUGGGAAAGGGAUGGUAGCGGCAGCUUUUCUGUUCUUCUUGAGCUGUGUUGGGUACAUCGUCUACGUAAGGUUGAUCAGCAAGGGGAUCGGUCUGCUGGGAUUCUUUUUCCGACUCCUCGGGCUGAACAAGCUGGUUGGUGGGUUAGCGAGCAGAGGUGGCGAGGAUGUAAAGGAGAAAGUGGGGUUGUUGAAGGAGGCAGCGGAAGAAGCGGUUAGCAGUAGGACCGUUGCGAAGGUGGUGAAAGCGGCGAGUACGGUCAUCACUUCGGUCGCUUCGGCAGCGACGGCAAGCGCAGCUGCACACAUGGGCGCAGCGAAACACGAGGUGGUGGAGAAUGUGGUAGAUCUGCAAGACGAUCUCGAGCACUUGGUGGAGACAGUGCUGCCACAAGAGCCAGCGACGACUCGAGCGAACAAGCUUCCUGUCGAACAUAUCGAGCUGUGA